UUUGACAAAAAGCAUGAGUCUUUCGCCAAAGAUCCGCGUAACGUUAGGCUCGGACUAGCUAGCGAUGGUUUUAACCCGUUUGGAAACAUGAGUAACUCAUAUAGCAUAUGGCCGGUUUUUCUUGUCCCAUACAAUUUACCACCAUGGAAAUGUAUGAAGGAUCCAUUUUUUAUGAUGCCUUUGCUUAUUCCUGGGCGUAGGGCUCCCGGGUUUGACUUUGAUGUGUUUUUACGGCCAUUGAUAGAUGAGUUAAAGGAGUUAUGGGAGGUAGGGGUAGAAACAUACGAUGCAUCAAAUGGCCAAAGUUUUCAAUUACGUGCCGCAUUGUUAUGGACCAUCAACGAUUUCCCUGCAUAUGGUAACUUAUCCGGUUGGAGCACCAAAGGGAAAUUGGCUUGCCCUUCAUGUAAUGAGGAUGCAUCUCACCAAUACUUGCAUCAUUGGAAGAAAACUUGUUACACGGGGCAUCGUCGUUUUUUGCCGCAUAAUCAUGUUUUACGAAAAAGCAAGGCAUUCAAUGGUGAGCCAGAGCGUAAAUUGGAACCCAAGUUGUUGUCUGGGGAGGAGGUUUUGGGACAAUUGGAGCAUCUUGACUCGACAGUAUUUGGGAAGAUAGAUGAACGUGGGAAGAAGCGAAAACGUUCUCCUCAAUAUUUAAAUUGGACAAGGAAAAACAUUUUUUUUGAGUUACUUUAUUGGAAAACCCUUCUCCACAACCUCGAUGUUAUGCACAUUGAAAAGAAUGUAUACGAUAGUGUGAUGGGAACAUUGAUAAACGUUGAUGGAAAAACUAAGGACUCAUACAAGGCUCGUUUUGAUCUAGUGGCUAUGGGUAUAAGGCCUAAAUUACACCUAAGGCAAGUAGAUGGAAAAACUUUCCUACCCGCUCCUUGCUUCACGCUCUCUCCAACUGAAAAAAGAAGUUUUUGUGAAUUCUUGAGUACAGUUAAAUUGUCAGAUGGCUAUGCAUCAAACAUAUCACAUUGUGUGAGCACUAGUGAUUGUCGAAUUACAGGGUUGAAAAGCCAUGAUUGCCAUGUUAUCUUGCAAAGAUUGCUUCCUGUUGCCCUACGUGGAUGUUUGAAAAAGGAUGUGAGCAAGGCUUUAAUUGAGCUUUUCUUGUUCUUUAAGGAGUUAUCGGCAAAAACAUUGAGAGUUGAUGUCUUAGAACAACUUGAGAAAGAUAUUGUUUUAAUUUUGUGCAAGCUUGAGAAGAUAUUUCCACCAUCUUUUUUCGAUAUUAUGAUCCAUUUAUGCGUACACUUAUCACGUGAAGCAAUCCUUGCUGGACCGGUGCAAUACCGGUGGAUGUAUGCAUUUGAGAGGUACAUGCAUAUUCUUAAGGGCUAUGUGCGUAACAAAGCCCGUCCAGAAGGCUCUUUUGCUGAAGGUUACAUUGAUAAUGAGGCUCUUACCUUUUGCUCUAUGUACUUCAAUGAAGGAGCUGCAGUUAAUGAUGUGUUGAAUUUAAAAGAUUUGAAGAAAGCUCGAUGGUAUGUGUUGAAUAAUUGUGAUGAAGUUCAACCGUAUGUGAGGCAAUACAUGGAUGAACUUGAGAGACAUGGUUUGAGAAAUGUUCAAGAGAGGCUGGAAUCAGAGUUUCAUACAUGGUUUCUAAAAUACGUAAGAGCUAUAAAUUUUUAACCUUAUUUGUGCAUUUAAAUAAUGUAGCUAAGUAUAUGCUAAUACAUUUCACAUCAUAAAUGGAAUUAGGUCACAAAGCAACAACUUGAAGGGACCAUGG